AUGGCUAAGAAAAUCCCUUCAAGGUAGGAUGUCUAGUGCAAUCGAAAAAAUAAUUCGUUAAUCAUUAGCUGGAUCCGGUUCAAACCUAUUGGGGAUCAGAUCGAAGGGACCCGAUUCAUAUGUUUCAAGACACCUCUGAGUGAAGAUCGCUUUGUUGGCUGCGGCUUGGAGGAAGACAAGAUUUUUACGGUAUCUGAACUGGUGAAAAGAGUGAGCCCAUAAAAGUGACUGCUAUUUGAUGUGUUUAGAUUAAUGAGAAAGGAAAGAGACUCGGAAUGGUAGUAUCAUGCUGCUCCAGACUGCUUUAUGACCCCGCUGAAUUGGAGAAAAACGGAGUCGAGUGUCAUGUACAAGUUCCGCAUGUUACUAGAGAAGCCGAAAAGGCCAUUCUGAAGAUAAAGAAAUAUCUAAGCAAGCAAAAAGAUCAAAGUAAGAAUAAAAUUCAGGUUGAAGUCCCAGCAGAAUGCCUUUCCUUGAAAAUUUUGGAUAUUAUACAUGAGUUGUUACCUAAAAUAAUAAAAACGUCGUUUUCAGACGUUGUAGUGGGCAUUCAUUGUCUUCACGGCAUAAAUCGGACCGGCUUUCUCACCUGUACAUACAUGAUCAAAGAAUUGGGACUUGAUGCAGAAGAAGCGAUCCGAAGAUUCGAAACAGCUCGAGGGCAUGAGAUCGAAACGACGAAAUCUGAUAUUAGACGCCAACAAUAA